UAUGCACAAAGCUUUUAGCUCGAUCAGUCUGCUCCACUGCUACUUCAAUAUAGCGGAUUAGAAACUGUGGCGUUAUUAGGUGCCCGUGUCUAUCUGAGUGUGCGUGCGUUGUGGCGUGUCAGUGCCAGAGCGAGCAGAAACAUGCCUAAGAGAGCCAAGAAAAAUGAGGAAGCUUCUGCAGAAAGCAGUGCAGACAAUGGCCCAGAAACGAAGAAAGAGAAGAAAGGAAAAGAACCAGAGGCUCCAAUUCUAUAUGAAGAUCCCCCAGAUAAGCUGACCAGCAAGGAUGGUCAGGCAGCCAACAUGAAGAUAACAUCUUGGAAUGUGGAUGGCCUUCGUGCCUGGGUUAAAAAGAAGGGACUUGAUUGGGUGCGUGAGGAAGCUCCUGAUGUGCUUUGUCUUCAGGAGACAAAGUGUGCUGAGAAAGCAUUACCAGCAGAAAUCACCUCAAUGCCCGAGUAUCCACACAAGUACUGGGCAGGAUCUGAGGACAAAGAAGGUUACAGUGGAGUGGCCAUGCUGUGCAAGAGUGAGCCUCUUAAGGUCACAUAUGGCAUUGGUAAAGAAGAGCACGACAAAGAGGGUCGUGUGAUCACUGCCGAGUUCCCCUCCUUUUUCCUCGUCACGGCGUAUGUACCCAACGCUAGCCGCGGCCUGGUUCGCCUCGAUUAUCGGCAGACAUGGGAUGUGGACUUCCGCGCCUACCUGACAGACCUAGACAGCCGCAAGCCCCUGGUGCUGUGCGGUGACCUCAACGUGGCUCACCAAGAGAUCGAUUUAAAGAACCCCAAAGGUAACCGUAAGAACGCUGGCUUUACUCCUCAGGAGCGCGAGGGUUUCAGUACGCUUCUGGGUGCCGGAUUCACCGACAGCUUCCGUGAGUUGUAUCCGGAGCAGGCCUAUGCCUACACCUUCUGGACGUACAUGAUGAACUCGCGGUCUAAGAACGUAGGAUGGCGCCUGGACUACUUCUUGCUUUCUGAUGCUCUGCUUCCGGGCUUGUGCGACAGCAAGAUUCGCAACAAAGCCAUGGGGAGCGACCACUGCCCUAUUACUCUGCAUCUGGCUGUAUAGAUAGGGUACAGUAGAAUGCCAACGAGGUCUCUCAUUCAUUAGUUUCCGAGAGACGGAGUGCUUAGUUUUUUAAGCUUUGUUAACAAAAUCUCUGUAGAUUAAGAUUCACAUUUGAUGCAUUUGUAUUUUUCUCUCCUUUUGUUUUUCAUGUUAAAAGCUUAGUUUUGUAUGUAGGACAUUCGAUUUUUAGUUUGUUGUUUUUGUUACAGGUUGUUUUGAGGUUGCUUUUUGUUUAUCAAAGAUUUUGUAAGCAUCAGCUUUUGGUCCCUGAUGUUAAAUUUUUUUACAUUUAAAUAAUUCCUUUAAGUGUUUAAAGCAAAUGUUAAAAACACAGAAUUUAAAAUGCAUUUAAUACAUGAUAAACUCGGAACAGUAAUUGUCCAAUGUACAUUGUAUUUGUUAAUUACA